CGGUGGUGGCUCGCACCAUGCGCGUCGCACGUCUGGUAGCAGCGGUCGAAAAACGCCCUGCAGCUCGACCCCGAUUGCUCUCGUCCCGCGCUCAGGUGUGGACGUGGUUGGCCCUAAGCACGCCGGGCUGGGCGAUGGCGGCGUGGAGCGCCACCAGUUGGCCUCCCGUGGCGCGGCUGUUGCACCCGGGCCGGGCGCGCUCCGUGCUGGCUUGCGCAGGAGAGACCGCGACGGCCCAGCUGGUCCCUUUGGCACCGGCCCUAGUGUUGCUCGGUGCGUGCGUGUUGCUGGCAGUGCGCACGCGCCGCCUGCCGCAUAACUUAAACGAGACUAAGUUCGUGGGGGCGGCUGCGUACGCGACCUGCGUGACGUGGCUGGCGUUUUUCCCGCUGUACGCAGUGACGGAGGCGCGCACGGCGUGCCUGUGUGCGUGCGUGUCGCUGUCGGCAGGGGCGUGCGUUCUAUUGUCCCUGGGCCCGAGGGUCUGGGUGUGCUUAUGCCGUCCCGAACGCAACACACGCGCUCACUUUCUGACCGCCACUUCGAUCCGUUGUCACCUCGGCAAGUACCGCUCUGGGAGAGCCGCCCGCCCGUCGGCGACCGUCGGUAAGUCUACACUUUUUCUUUUUGUAUUAAUAUCGCUUAUUUCUUUUAACAGCUACGACUGAGCUCAGCUCGAUGCCUGUACACUGUACAGCUGGGCCACAGCGCUCUUCGUCUGAGGAUUACAAUUUGUUCUGACCCUACAAAUAAAUAAUGUUGGGGGUAGGUGCAUGCAUGUGGUUGUGUAGAUUUGCCAACAAUUACCGCAGCAGCAGAAUUAAUCGCGGCUCUUCACAGCACCUGUGAAUCUGCUAAAGUUAACAACAAAUCUCGAACUCCUACAAUACAACCUGAGCAUCCAUUUAAAACCACUGUCUAUUUGCGCACCUGUAUAUAAGUGUUUGUAUUUGUGAUACUUCGGUGCCAGGUCCUGAAGUAAUCAUUAUUAUAUUCAGGCGAGAGUCGGGAGGCGUCCAGUCAGACGACGGAGUGCGGGGAGUGCGGAGAGUGCGGGGCAGCGGGGCGGUGUGCGCGUGUCACACGCUGGGAAGGUCCGGAGUCUGCACACGUGCUCAUCGUGCUGUACCCUCACCGACACGUGGCGCCCCUCUCGUUGGCACACUACGCGCACGACUCUCCUCUCGCCGAUCGUAAUCUCUAAGAACAGGGACGCUGUACUGACUAAAGACAAAUUCAAUAGGUGUAUAGUUGUGUGUGUGUUUCUUAGUAGUGAUAUUCCGGUCGCACUCAGUUGUGAUCGCUGUCGUAAGGAAUCUAUUUCGGGCGUGAUGUGUGUCGGGACGUCCCAUAAUUAUAUAUAGGUGCUGUGUUGCGCGUCUGACGGUGGCGGGCCAGUGGCGGCGCCAUGUUCGCCGCGGCGGUCGCGUGCUGGCUCGGAGCCGUCGCUGCGCUGCAAGUGCAGAUAGGUGUAGUGGAGCAGCAGCCCAUGCUGGCGCAGCAGCUUGCGGUGAGCGCGGAGACAGCGCUGUUGGAGCUGCGGGACGAACCCAGAGUGAAGGUGGCGCCCGUGGAGCCCGAGGAGCCAUUAGCAUUGGCAGCUCACUUGUGCGCGCUGGCGGAGGAGGGCGUGGCGGCCGUGCUGACGGGUGGAACGGCGCGCUCUGCCAGGCUGUUGGCGGCAGCGGCCGCAAGGGCCGGCGUGCCACUGCUGCUGGCCGAUUCUGCUCCCAAGAACCACACCUGGGAAGUGCUAGCCCUUUACCCGGAUAACAGAGUACUGGCACAGGCUUGUGCGGAUCUGUGCAAGGAGAAGGGCUGGAAACGAGCGGUGUUUUUGCACGCGGGAGAAGCUGAGGUCGCAGCGCUGAUCGCGCCUGAUGCAGAGCCCCUGGCCUUGGUGGUGCGCCACCUGCCCCCACCGGACGACGCUGCGCUACUCAGAAAUUUAAUGCUCGUACUCAAGAAAUUGAGCGUCACCAACUUCAUAGUGUGGUGUGACGCAGAAUGUAGUCUGCGCGUACUGGACGUGGCGCAGCGAGUUGGCCUGCUCUCCGACCGACACUCCUACAUCAUGCUGUCGCUGGACUUGCAUACGCAGCCCCUAGCCGACUACAGUCACGGCGGAGCAAACAUCACCGCGCUGCGGCUGUUCGAGCCGCAGUCCAAGGACGUUCAGCACAUGAUGACGUUGUGGGAGAGGCAGUACGGAGCGCGGCUCGGCGACGAGGCCUCGCUCGCGGGACCGGAGCGCUCAGUGCCGACGGCGCUGCCGCUGGCGUACCAGGCCUCGUCGCUGGUGGCGAAGGCGCUGCGAGCCCUGAACCUGCCCCCUGGAGCGCCUGCCUCGUGCCAGGUCGGACUCGGUGCCUUUCACGCUGACACGCUCCUCAACUAUCUGCGUUCGGAGGAAUGGACGAGCGGAAGUGGCAUGGGCGGCGAAUUGUCGUGGGAAGUGGACGGAUGGCGGCACGAGGUGCAGCUGCAAGUGGCGGAGCUGGCGCGGGGCGGGUGGCUGGAGCCGGCGGGGCUGUGGGCGCCUCGUGUAGGUGUCACAUGGCAGCGACCCGACGAGCCGAGGAACUCCAUGCCGGACUACUCCAUGACCAAUCGCACUUUCACCUUCCUUAUCGCACGAAUCAAGCCGUAUAUAAUGCGACAAGAGUCGACGCUUCGUCUGGCUGGUAACGCGCAGUAUGAAGGGUUCUGCAUCGAGCUGAUUGAGAAACUGGCCGCGAUGUUGAAAUUCAACUACACGUUCGUGGAGCAAGAAGACGGAGAGUAUGGGAUCUACAACAACACCCUCGGCAAGUGGACCGGCAUGCUCGGGCGCCUCAUCGAGGACAAGGACAUUGACUUUGCCAUAACGGACCUAACCAUCACGUCGGAGCGCGAGAAGGCCGUGGACUUCACGACGCCCUUCAUGAACCUGGGCAUCUCGAUCCUGUUCGGCACGCCGGAGCCUGCGCCGCCCAAGCUUUUCGCCUUCAUGCUGCCCUUCUCCAACGCGGUUUGGAUCUGCCUGGGGUUCGCAUAUUUGGGCACAUCGUUGGUGCUAUACGUGGUGGGGCGUUUAUGUCAUGAGGAGUGGCAGAACCCGUAUCCAUGCAUCGAAGAUCCUCCCGCUCUGGAGAACCAGUUUACUCUUGCCAACGCGCUCUGGUUUAACCUCGGCGCUGUGCUGCUGCAGGGCUCUGAGAUCGCACCGGUGGCGUACGGGACCCGCGCGGUGGCCAGCGUGUGGUGGCUGUUCGCGCUGGUGAUCACGAGCUCCUACACCGCGAACCUGGCUACGCUGCUCGCCUCGAAGAGUUCUACCGACCUCAUUCACAAUGUGGAGGAGCUUGCCAAUAACAACCUCGGCAUCAAGUACGGCGCUAAGAAGGGCGGCUCCACCUAUAACUUUUUUAAGAACUCACAGAACCCCACUUAUCACAAGAUGUAUGAGCAGAUGAGUAAGGAGCCGAUGCCCCUCUCCAACGAGAUCGGAAUAAAGAAGGUGGAGAAUGAGAAGUACGCGUUCCUAAUGGAGUCCACGUCCAUAGAGUACGAGACUGAGCGGAACUGUAAGGUCCAGAAGGUGGGCGGUCUACUCGACAGGAAGGGCUACGGAAUCGCCAUGAAGAAAGACUCACCUUACCGACAGGAGCUCAACCUAGCCUUGUUGAACCUGCAGGAAGCUGGCGUCCUUCGUGAGAUGAUGCAUACUUGGUGGAUGGAGAAGAAUGGCGGAGGAGCAUGCAAGGAGGACGAAACCCGAGAGAACCAAGAGCUGCGCAUAAAGAACUUCUUAGGUCUAUUCGUGGUGCUAGUGGUGGGCUGCGUGCUGGGCGUGCUGGUGUCGUGCUGCGACCUGGCGUGGGCGGCGCGGCGGCAGCGCGGCCCCAGCGAGUCCUUCUGGCAGCGCUUCUGGACCGAACUGCGCUUCGUCUUUCGCUUCGAGCAAUCCGUGAAGCCCCUGCAAGGUCCGCUGAUCCCAGACUCGCCGGUUUCCCAACAGUCGGAGGGGGCGGAGGAGUGCAGGACGGAGCGCGAGGAGACGGGCUCCGAGAGGGCGCGCGCUGCGCCGCGGACGAGCUCGGCGGCGCGGCGGCGGUCCUCCAUGCACGCGGCGUCACUUCGCAUCGCGCGGCACACCACACGGGACUCCACCACGCCGCACUAGCAUCGACCGCGCCGUCACCGCCACACUCACUACUAACACUAAACUUAAUCUACACUCGCUAAUCUUUUGAAGGAAUUCGUUUAGACACAUUGUGCAAAAUGGCUUGUCAAUGAAAGCGUUACCUUCAGUUUGUGUGCGCCGUUUUACUUCGAAAUUAUUAAUUGUUAAAGUUAAUAAGUAUUUACUAAUGAUUAUUUAGAAUAGAGUCUUUAUUAUCAUCACUAACUAAUUAAAAAAAUGGGAAAGUAUAUAGAUGAGGCCUCUGAUAGGAAAGGUAUUGUCAUAAUUUAAAGUUAACUUAUGGUAGUCAGCGUAGCGAUGGUCUCUCGAGCCCACUUCGUUCGGUCCGAGACCACGAGGACAAUUACCCCACGUAAAACAUGUCUAGAAGCACGCACUUCGAAGACUAACUGUUGUAGUAAAUUUAAAUAUAUUUCUUUGAUAAUUCCACAAACUGUUGUCGUAGCAGACUACGACUAACUAACGGAUUUAAGGUAGUUACUGCUAACUCAGAAGUUAGCAGUAACUACCUUAAAUCCGUGUUUGUUGGUUUUUAACAAAUAAAAAUGAUUUUGACA